AUGGUUACUGUCGCCUCCUCCAGCCGCCGAUAUCCCUGCGAUGAGUGCGUCAAGUCGUUCACAAAGAAAUGCGACUUGAAGCGCCACAAGGUACUCCAUAUGUCGAAAGAGGAGCAAGAGAAAAGGAUGUUCAAAUGUCCUCAUUGCCCGACAAUGACCUUGCAAUUAUCCAACCUAAACGCACAUAUAUAUCGUCGACAUAAGGACAAGAUCUGCCGUGAGCCCGACGGUGAUUUCGCGACGGCAGAUCCUGGGGAUUUCAGUCGGAACAAGCGAGGUCACAGUCUGGUCCCCAAGCCACGCCAAGGACACCAACAUACCCUCGUCAUCAACCCCAGACCCAGCGGUGCCAUACUGUCACCGUCGCCUACGCCCCCUGCUACUACCCAACAAUGGCUUUCAUCUACCACAUCGAUCGGCACCCCGACCCCUAGCUCGCUGGCCAGUCCCGUUUUCAGCACCGUGGCAACGUCUUCAUAUCUCCCUACGCCUUCGCGUAGCCCUACCCCACCCUCUCCCCUUGGUCCUUCAGCGACGCUGUUUAUAGUGGGGCCCAAGGAGUACCAGUUACGUCCAAUGAUACAUGGCAACUAUUAG